AUGAAGUUCGGACGGACUCUUCCCCGCAACCAGGUUCCCGAGUGGGCGGCGUCCUACAUCAACUACAAAGGCCUCAAGAAGCUCGUCAGGGCCGCUUCGGACAAGGCUCGAAAUGGAGAGCCGGUUGAUCCAGCAGAACUCUUCUUCGCCCUCGACCGAAACCUCGAGGAUGUCGACUCCUUCUACAACAAAAAGUUCGCCGACGCCUGCCGCCGGCUGAGCAUCCUGCACGACCGAUACGGCCGCGUGCCGGACGUCGUCGCCACCCUCGACCAGGAUGAGGUCGAGGAGGUCAUGGGCGCCCUGCUCGAGCUGAGGACGCAGCUGAGGAACCUGCAGUGGUUCGGCGAGAUCAACCGCCGAGGCUUCGUCAAGAUCACCAAGAAGCUCGACAAAAAGGUGGCCGGCAUGUCCUACCAGCACAGCUACAUCUCCACAAAGGUCGACCCGAAGCCCUUCGCCAAGGACGGCAGCACCGCCCGCCUUCUCGCCGAGAUCAACCGCUGGCUCUCCGUCCUCGGCGAUGCCCAGACUCACGAGGACGCCAAGUCGGACCGGUCGACCCGAUCGCUCGGCCGCGCCUCGGCCAAGUCGAUGCUCCAUCUUCCCCAGUCGCAGCUCGACGCGCUCGAGCACGCCGUCCGCACCGAUGACUUGGCCACCCUCAAGUCCGGGCUCGCCGAGGCAGUGCUCGUCGCCGCCAACGACGGGCGCGAGGCCGCCAUGCAGACCCUGCUGCUGAACCUCGUCCAGCGGUCCAUCUCGGCCCGGUCGAGGGAGUCUCUGGCCUACCUCCUGACCCACGUGCGGGAUCUCGACGAACCCGACGACAUCAACGGUCGCAACUGCAUCCACCGUCUCGUCAUCCACAUCGGCCGCACCAAGUUGGCCAAGGCCGACGACGGCGGCGCCGGCGCUUACCCGGUCCCCGUCGGCACCCAGUUCACGAAUCGUCACCUGCACCCGGCCGUCUCGUCCGUCGUGCCCGUCAAGGCGAUGAGCACGGACGAGGCGACGCUCCUGGGCGAGGGCGACGAGGCCGUCCGCAUCCUCGCAUACCUCCUCGACCGGCUGAGCAAAGGCCAGCGGGUCGCGCUCGCUCGUCCCGACUCCCUCGGCCGCCUCCCCCUGCACUACGCCGCCCAGUUCGGCUUCGUCGUCGUCUGCCAGCUCAUCAUGAAGCACAUGCAGGACUGGAACCAGUUCGACGUCCAGGACGGCAUCGACGCGCCCGAGUGGCAGGACAACGACGGCUACGCACCCCUCCACCUCGCCGUCAUCGGAGGUCACCCGCUGACGACGCAGGCCCUGCUGCGGGGCGAGAACUGGCAGGGCUGCAGCGAGGCCAAGGGGCGGAUCCGGAAGACCAUCUCCAAGUCCGGCGCCGUGCUCGCGCUCGCGACCAAGUCCAACUACGAACCCAUCGUCGAGAUGCUCGUCGAGGCCGGCGUCGACAUCAACUGGACCGACAAGACGGGCGAGUCGGCGCUGCACAUCGCCGCUAGGUUCGGUCACGUCGGCUGCGCCCGCAUCAUCGUCGGCGGCACCGAGUCCCAGAAGGCGAACGUCGAGAUUGCGGAAAAGCCGUACUCUUGGACGCCGCUCCACGUGGCCGCCGUCGACGGAUCCGUCGGCGUCGUCGAGCUGCUCGCGGCGGCGCGGGCGGCGGCCGGCCUGCAGGCGCCGAACCCGUCGUCGGAGAAUUCGUCCAUCGAGGAGCGUCGAUCCAACGGCUCGCGGCCGGCCGAGCCGGUCAAGAGCUUCGGCCACCGCUACCUGACGGACGAGAGCCUCGUGCUCGUGAGCCUCGGCUCCAUGGACAUGCGGAAGACGACGGAAGCCGUGAGCCUCGACCGCGUGCCCCUCACCAAGGCGCACGACACCCAGCUCGACACGGCGCUGUCGGUCGUCAUCAGCGCCAACGGGGCCCGGGGCGAGCCGACCAUCAUCGACCUGCCGGUGCACGAGGGCAUCUCGACCGAGCCCGUCUCCUUCCGGACCCGGGAUGCGGCCAAGGUCAAGCUGCUCUUCGACAUCGUCCCGACCUACUCGGGCAGCGAGACGAACAAGAUCGGUCGGGCCGUCGCGCUGCUGUCGACGAUCAAGCCGACGCUCGGCAGCCAGCGGAUGAACCUGCAGGGGGACGUCUGCGUGCCCAUCAUGUCGAGCAACCUCGACGUCAUCGGCACCGUCAACUUCAACUUCCUCGUCAUCACGCCCUUUUCGCAUCCGAAGAUGGAGGUGACGUCGCGGCAGACGUACUGGAAGAAGCUCUCGUCGACGAUGCUCAUCGGCCACCGCGGCCUCGGCAAGAACCUGACGUCCAACAAGUCGCUGCAGCUCGGCGAGAACACGCUGCCGUCCUUCAUCGCCGCCGCCAACCUCGGGGCGCAGUACGUCGAGUUCGACGUGCAGCUGACCAAGGACCACGUGCCCGUCAUCUACCACGACUUCCUCGUCAGCGAGACGGGCAUCGACGCGCCCGUCCACACCCUCACGCUCGAGCAGUUUCUGCACAUCAACCCGGACAGGCGGGACAGGGUUCACCACCACGGCCGCCACCGAAAGCACGACGGUCGGCACGGCCACGGGCAUCAGACGGACGGACCGGGCGAGGACGGGGACGGAUGCUGCUCGGCCAACGGAGGCGACUGCCCGCCGCGGGUGCGGAGCAGCAGCUUCACGCCCCAGCGGUCGCUCUCGAUGGGCUACGCCGGCAGCGGCCACGGCGAGAUGGAGGAGCGGAUGAAGCACACGCGCGACUUCAAGGAGAAGGGCUACAAGGCCAACUCGCGCGGCAACUUCAUCCAGGCGCCGUUUGCGACGCUCGAGGACCUCUUCCGCCGGCUGCCGGAGGAGAUUGGCUUCAACAUCGAGCUCAAGUACCCGAUGCUGCACGAGAGCGAGGAGCACGAGAUGGACACGUACGCCGUCGAGCUCAACUCGUUCUGCGACACGGUCCUCUCCAAGGUCUACGACCUCGCCGGCGAGCGGCACAUCAUCCUGAGCUCCUUCAGCCCGGACAUUUGCCUCUGCCUGAGCUUCAAGCAGCCGUCGAUACCGAUCCUGUUCCUCACCGACGCCGGCUGCAGCGCCGUCGGCGACAUCCGGGCGACGUCGCUGCAGGAGGCGAUCCGGUUCGCGAGCCGCUGGAACCUGCUGGGCAUCGUCUCGGCGGCGGAGCCGCUGAUCAACAGCCCGAGGCUCGUCAAGGUCGUCAAGGAGCUCGGCUUGGUGUGCGUCAGCUACGGCGUGCUGAACAACGACCCGACCAUGAGGCAAGUCAAGGAAGGCAUCGAUGCCGUCAUCGUCGACAGCGUGCUGGCGAUCCGGAAGGGUCUCACGAGCGCCGAAUCGAGCACGGCAUCGACGGCGCCGGGCACGCCCGAGUCGGACCAGGCGCUGAAGACGCUGGACGAGAGUCAACGAUGA